AGGCUGGGCUGUGGCUGUGCUUUAAAACCCAAUGAGCUUUCUACUUAGACAACAUCCAAUCACCAACAGUGUCUUGAGCAUCAUACAGUAGGUGCAAUCGAAUAACCGACGGUGAAUGCCCAAAAGCUGCAAACCUCCGAAAAAUGUUAUCAUAUGCUAGCUUUUGAAACACAGCCAGUGAUUGAUAAAAUGGCGGUGGAAAACAUCGGUGAAUCGCUUGAAACCCUUAUUAAAAACGAUGUAGGGCCACAAGAAAGCGGCGAGGUCAUAAGAAGCACACAAAACAAAGAGUCGAAACUGAUAUUAUAUCAUUGGACGCAGUCAUUCAGCUCACAGAAGGUGAGACUGGCAAUAGCUGAGAAAGGCCUUCAUUGUGAGGAAUAUGACGUGAGUCUGCCUCUGAGUGAACACAAUGAGCCCUGGUUCAUGCGUCUGAACCCGACUGGAGAAGUUCCUGUGCUGGUUCACAAUGAUAAUGUCAUAUGCGAUCCCACACAAAUCAUGGACUAUUUGGAACAGAACUUCUGUGAUGAGAACACCACAAAACUGAUCCCAGAGGAGGAGAGCAUUUAUUACCAUAGAGUACAGCAUUACAGGGAACUGCUGGACUCCCUUCAAAUGGACGCCUACACCCAUGGGUGCAUCCUUCAUCCAGAGAUCACCGUGGACUCCCACAUCCCGGCUUAUGCCUCCACCCGCAUACGCACACAGAUUGGAAACACAGAAUCUGAGCUAAAGAAACUAGCAGCAGAGAAUCCUGACCUUAAAGAUGCUUACAUAGCAAAACAGAGACGCUUAAAGAGUAAAUUGUUUGACCAUGAUAAUAUGAAAUAUCUGAAGAAACUCUUGGAUGAACUAGAGAAUGUUCUGGAUCAGGUAGAGACAGAGCUGCAAAGGAGGAUUGAGGAGACACCAGAAGAGGGAAAUCAACAGACUUGGCUCUGUGGAGAGUUCUUUAGUAUUGCUGACGUCUCUCUCGCUGUCACUCUUCACCGACUCAAGUUCCUGGGUUUGUCCCGCCGAUACUGGGGCAAUGGGAUCCGGGUCAACCUGGAGACGUAUUACGAGCGUGUCCUGAACCGGCCCACCUUCCGCAGGGUGCUCGGACAAGUCAAUAACAUCCUCAUAUCCGCCGUGCUUCCCACUGCAUUCAGGGUGGCGAAGAGAAAAGCUCCAACAUUUGUUGGUGCCACUUUGUUAGUUGGAUUGCUAGGGGGCGCCACUUACUUAGCUUUCCAUUACUUCAAAAAGAGACUUUUUGUAUCAUGAGAUAGAUAUUGGGACUUAGUGCUCUGGCUUGACCUGUGAACAUCAUGAAUUGUUACGUUUUGCUCAAACAGUACAUGACAUUUAUUGAAUGCAUAUUUUCAGUCUUACAAUAUCAAAUUGUAUGUCAUGGCUUCAUAUCACGCAGCUGCACCUCGGAAGUGACACAUUAUUUUGCAUAUCUAUAAUGAUGUGAAUUUUCAUCUGUUAUAUUAAAGGAUAUGUAUGUAAUA